UAUAGAUCACACAUAUAUAUGUUUAUAGUCAUCGAUACAUCACCUGUUAUAUCUCCUCGAAAUAACAGUCCUCGUGGUAGCAGUCCUCGUGGUAACGGUCCUCGUGUUGUAGGUGCUGAUUCGGAUGAGCUUAGUCCUUACCCACCGUGGUGCAGCAAUUGAUACUGUGUGGUAGCUAUAUGUACAUGUACACGAAUGCGUAUGUUCUACAAAUCCCCGCCAGUGUAAAACAUAACAUCAAGUGCGAGUCAUUGGAUGACGUAGCAAGAUAUCGUUCUCACUUCACGGUCGGGGGAGAGUAUAUUAAUACACCGGAUAAAGAGGGCAGUAUCCCAGGCUUUGGAAGAGGAAAGGAUAAUCAGUACAGACCGAGUGAGGCUUCUUUUGGUUUACACGGUAAUAUUCGACAUUACUUAAUAACAUGCACAUCAUCAUAUUUGACUAUGUUCUCCUCUCAGAUGAUUGAUCUUCGGUAUCUGCAAUAUGUGUUAUCAUUUCAGAGAGAGACUGAUCUUCGAUAUAUACAAUAUGUGUUAUUAUUUCAGAGAGAUUGAUCUUCGAUAUUUACAAUAUGCGUUCUCCUUUCAGAGAGAUUGAUCUUCGAUAUCCACAUCAGGCGAUAUUUCGAGUCUCCACUCACGAAGAUGAUAAAAUCCGAGACCAAGUCAUCCACCCACGUAGUUGGUGGUCUAGAUGAGUUGAACACAAACGUUACGGAUAACGAUAACGAAGGUGACCGAGGAACAGAAGGUGUUUCGCAAAACGACGAUUUGCAGAUCUCAGAACACACACUAAAUAGAAGGACACUUGAAGAAGAAGAAGAAGAAGAAGAAAAAAAACAACAACAACAACAACAAGAAUGUGAGAGCGAGAUCGCUUCAUCCACCCGCACUUUCGUUGAUCAAGCAAGUCCGAACGGAGAUACACCGAAGAGGAAAUACAAAAAAAGAAAUAUUACAAGAAAUAAUACACAAACAGGAAAAGGACAAAAAAAUAAAACUACCCGUGGUCUAGCUGACUCGAAGAAGAGAAAACGCAAGGAAAAUACAUGUAACGAAAGUUCCGAUUGCGAGACCGAGAUCGAACCAUGCACCCGUGUCCUCAGAAAUCGCACGAGAUCUGAAAAACAGCAAGAAUCCAAACGCGAGACCGCGUCACCCUCCCGUGGCUUCGCAUUUAACUCGCAGACCAAACGCGAGACCGCGUCACCCUCCCGUGGCUUCGUAUUUAACUCGCAGAACAGAGCACCGCUUGAUGUUACAAGAGGGGUUUUGAAUAUCUCUAAAACUAGAAGGACAGCAGCGAAUAUAGUAACAUCUAACGGUAUAGUAACAUCUAACGGCGGCGCAUCACAGAACGGAUCCCUGGUCUCAGGCUCAUACUACACCAUCUGCACACAACAUCGACAACCGCAUUGUCUCGUUAUGUUCCAGGAUAAAGACGUUUCGGUAGUCGUUAAGAUCUCUAAGGAAUAA